UCCCUUCAGCCCGCAGUGUUUACUUCCUCCGCACUUCCCCUUCCUGCCUGCUGCCCGGGCCAGUGAACAUUGGGCCUCAAUGGGGGCCAGUUCACCCUCUUUCCAGGGGGCUUCACGGUGGAACUCCCUCCGGAGGGCAGGAGCAGCACCCCAUGGUAGCCAGGUGGGCGAAGGGGAGCCAGGACGGUGCGCCCGCCUUGAAGAAGACGGCUUCUGACCUGCUGAGUGGUCCCAAGAGGCUGACAAUGGACCCCGUGCACCUCAGCAUGUCCCGCGCGCCUCUGGUGAAGCACUCGGACAGGCCCCGCGUCAUGUCCAAGAGCGGGCACAGCAAUGUGAGAAUCGACAAGGUGGAUGGCAUCUACUUACUCUACCUUCAAGACCUGUGGACCACCGUGAUCGACAUGAAGUGGAGAUACAAACUCACCCUGUUCGCGGCCACGUUCGUCAUGACCUGGUUCCUUUUCGGGGUGAUCUACUACGCCAUCGCGUUCAUUCACGGGGACCUAGAACCUGGUGAGCCCAUUUCUAACCACACCCCCUGCAUCAUGAAGGUGGACUCGCUCACGGGGGCGUUUCUCUUCUCCCUGGAGUCCCAGACCACCAUCGGCUACGGCGUCCGCUCCAUCACGGAGGAGUGCCCUCAUGCCAUCUUCCUGCUGGUCGCCCAGCUGGUCAUCACCACCUUGAUCGAGAUCUUCAUCACGGGCACCUUCCUGGCCAAAAUCGCCAGACCCAAGAAGCGGGCGGAGACCAUCAAGUUCAGCCACUGCGCGGUCAUCACCAAGCAGAACGGGAAGCUGUGCCUGGUGAUCCAGGUGGCCAACAUGCGCAAGAGCCUCCUGAUCCAGUGCCAGCUCUCCGGCAAGCUCCUGCAGACCCACGUCACCAAGGAGGGCGAGCGCAUCCUCCUCAACCAGGCCUCCGUCAAGUUCCACGUGGACUCCUCUUCCGAGAGCCCCUUCCUCAUUUUGCCCUUGACCUUCUACCACGUGCUGGAUGAGACCAGCCCCCUGAGAGAUCUCACACCCCAAAACCUGAAGGAGAAGGACUUUGAGCUCGUCGUGCUCCUCAAUGCCACCGUGGAGUCCACCAGCGCCGUCUGCCAGAGCCGCACGUCCUACAUCCCGGAGGAGAUCUACUGGGGCUUUGAGUUCGUGCCUGUGGUUUCUCUCUCCAAGAACGGCAAGUACGUGGCUGACUUCAGUCAGUUCGAGCAGAUCCGGAAGAGCCCCGACUGCACGUUUUACUGCGCGGAUUCCGAGAAGCAGAAACUGGAGGAGAAGUACAGGCAGGAGGACCAGCGGGAGAGAGAACUGCGGACUCUCCUGUUACAGCAGAGCAAUGUCUGAUGGCGGCGCCCUGGCCUCGGUUCACUCUGCGGCCAUUUCCACAUCUGAGCUCCUUUGAACAAAAAUGUGUGGAUGCAUUCUAAAGACACUGCACAGACGUGCAAAAUCCAUCUUCUCCUUUGAUCGGGUGGCGCAACAAGCAUCUCCACCUUCGAGAGGGUUCCUUGUUUAGAUGCUUUGUCUGAAGCAAACUCCCAAAGUUCAAAUUUUUGUAUUUCGCAGGACCUGGUAUAGGGCGAUUGCAAACGUCCUGCAGGAUGGACAGACAUCCAGCAUGCUGAGAGCGAAGGGAAGGCAUUUCUCUAUAAGGUUAUCAGCUGUAAUAUAAGGUAUUUAUGCAAUCCCAUAGCAAAGGCAAUAUGGCCUUGAAAUGUGGUUCAGUGUUCACUCACGUCAUUGUUUAAACUCUUUUCAAGCAGAGAAAAUGGUUUAUGUUCUGGAGGCUAUCUGUUAAUACAGCAAAUGGAGCAGGGGGAGUCUGUACUCACAAAAUAUAAUAAUUCCAUUUCUGCCUUUUCCCAGUGGGUUUAAUUGUGCAGCGUGAAAUUGGUCAAUCAGGAAUUACCAGUUGUGAGAACAUGUACAGAUGGAACUAGGCUGUUGUCCGCACUAAUGUUUGCUGGAAUGUACUAGCCCCUUCCUAUUCAACACGUGGCUCCCAGGCCCCUUGAGAACUUAUUAGCCACAUAGAGGCCAAGGCCCUGCCCCACUUAGAGACCAGAGUCUGUAUGGUCAGCAGGCCCCCACGGGACUCACGCACACAGGAGUUUGCAAAGCUCCUCUCUGGGCAGUGCAUUUAGAGUAACCUUGGGAGCCGCGGGACAGUGAGGGUCCCCUGUCCAUGUGGCCUCCAGAUCUGGCCUUCUUCGGUUCAUCAUUGUGCACCAAGCUUCCUUUCAACCACUUCUUUCCUGAUCUAUGAAAAUACCUUGUCCACAGAGGAAGUGCCACUGACAUUCCAAGAGCAAAAUAAAACUCUUGCAAGUAACGGUCGUCUCAUUCAUGCUUAGUACCUGGUUGUCGAUGAUGGUUAGAACCACAGGACAAUGAAGCUGUGCCAUGGUCAGGUGUUUGCUCAGAUGUUGAAAUCUAGCAGGUCAGAUGGAGCCACGAGGAAGGAGAGUGGCUGAGGAUGAAUAAUUCAUACACAGACCACUCCUUGAAGCAUGAACAAAAUUUGAUCAUUUGAUAACAUGUCAAGAAUGUCCUCAGUAUUUAAACAAAGCUUGUGCAACUCAGUGUUACAGAGGUAACAUUUGCCUUUGGCAGAAUUUGGGGACCAGGCACCCUGCAUUUCUUUGGAGUAGAGAAAAGAUGGGCUACGAUUGGCUAAAUGUGCGAAAGGUGAAUUCUCACUUCAUUCGAAACAGAUGGAUUUGCAUAUUCCCUCAAGAAAACUGUGACUAUAAGUGUGUAGGUGCCACAUAUGUAUACACACAUGCAUACAUAGGCACAGGCAUGCAAACAACACAGACACAGGCACACACAUGUACACGACACACACACACACAGGGACGUACACCCUAGCUCUUGAAGCAUGAUGUUGGAAAUUAUCAAUGAAAGACAUUUGGAAUUAAAAUUUUGUUCUCUAAGAUGGGGAACAUUGGGACUCGGAGGAAAUGGGGAGAGUGGCUGGGAUUCAGACUGUCGGUGAAAGGGUGAUGUGGACCACAGCAAGUGUGGUCGUCUCUUGAUGUCACCGGAUUUCAAAUGUCCUUUAACAGAAAAUGUGGCUAACGCCACUGACCUGGAGCAGCCCAUCUAAUGCGGGGCCAGAAUAAUGGGGGUAAAAUCGUAAAGGUUCAAAGAACAAUCUCAAUGCACAAGAGGUUUUGUCUUAUUAUUCAGGAAGUUUUCUUCUGUUUCUGUUGAUAACUUUGUGGCAGGUUGUCUUAGAUCUUGAAAAAAUUACGUGUACUUAGAUAUGACCCCUGUUCGUUGUGAUGUGUGCUUUUUUAUUGUAUGUUGUGGUAUAAUUGGCAGAAGAAUAAUGCCAGGGGCAUGUUUACAGAUCUUCCGUCGCACAAGUAAAUUCUUCUCACAGUAUUGCCAUCAGUGUCACUUGGAAUGUGACCAAGGUUAGGAAUCUUACCUGCUUAUAUUGUAUAUGGUACAAUGAUGUAGCACAAGAUAGAAAAAAAUCUCUUUUAUGUUCACUUGGCAAUCUACUUCAGCCAAAUUUGGAAGACUUGAUCAUCUGAUCUUUCGCACUACACGCAAAAAAAAUAUGCAGUGUCUUAAAAGCCAAUACUCGUGGAAGUCAAUAAGUGAUAUUACAGCAAUAGUUUUUCAUACAUAACUCUAAAGUCGUGGCUGGUUUGAAACUUAGCAUUUUCCAGUAAUAUUUAUUAUUACUUUCUACAAAACACUAAUGUUGACACUAAUGCUAACAAAGAAAGGAUUCUGAUGGCAAACUGAUUCUAUGUGAACAGUCUUCUGACUGAAAUAGAUUCACGCUUGACCCCCCCAACUAAGAAGAAGUCAAACUAAUGGAGUGUUUUUGACCCAAAAAGGCUUUUGCAUUUUGAAGGAUUUCUAAUGCACCAGGCCUUCUCAGUGAGACCUUUAAAAAAUGCCGUGUUCCAUCAGAGAAGCCACAAAGCCAUGUCUUAUUUCAGAAAUAAGAUGUGUUACACUUAAUGGUACCCAGCAGCCAGUGGUCCCAGAAACAUAGCAAAGUUUCACUCCUUGGCCCUCACAGUGGGCCGCCAUUGGGAUGGGGGUGGAGGCACCCAGGGGUCCCCUUCCCCACUCAUGGGGAUGUUACAGCUCAGAGAGGAGACCAGAAAUUGAAAUAGCUGGUUCAACGGGGGGAGAUGCCAUCAGUGAGUGGACCAGAUAUUUAGAUGCAUUUAAACAACCCAUUGAAUUCAAUUUUCAAUUUUUAAUUCACUGUGAUUUCACUAUCACUGAAAUGUAAAGUAAGGUGUAGAGACAUGUGACUCUUCUAUUACAGUAUGAUUCCUUCGCCCUUGCUUAGAUCCUCAGUCCUCUUCUAUCACCUGGAGGAAGAAGAAAAUAGAAAAGAAAGGCUAAGAAGGCACAGGGCCUUUGCACUGGUAGCUCGGUAAAGAUCAUCUCACCCUUGGCCUUCAUUCUCUGUCUUGUCACCAUGGUCUAAGGGUCAGACAUUUGAUCACGUGACAUAAGGGAGACUUCCAGUGUCUCAAUCUCGGCUUUUCUUUGAAAUAACUACUAGUUUUGAAUCCAGGUUAUCUCAUCAUAGCUCCGUGGGAUGGGACUCUUUAACGAGAGGCAUCAACAUUCACAGUCUUGGUUUCCAAGCUCUCUAGUGUACACCUGACUUCCCACAUUUGCCCAUGGGUAGGUCCAAGGCACAAUUAAUGUUCAUCCCCUGGGAAGACAUACACUUGAAGGUCCAAAGCUUGACAUUUCACUUCUAAUGGAUCAACUGUGCACAUUUUGCCCUUUGUGAGUUUCAGUUUAUCUUUAAUCAGAAUGACCUGCCAAUCAACCAAACCUCGGGCCUGGGUUCUGCAGUGAGUGGUGGGUGUUGGUUCUGAGCCUGAAGGGAGCAGAGCCGAGAGUCUGCACAGUUCGAAUGCGCAAUGAAAUGAUAUGUGAGAACCUAAUUGAGAUUUUAAAGAAUAAAAGAGUUAACUUCUUGAGGCA